CGGAUGCAUUGUACGUCGUAUCGACAAGCUGCCCCUCCUCGGCGCGUUUCGCACUCUCGUUUAGCAAUCUCAGUGGCAACACUUUUGUGUACACAGUCUUGUUGUUCAGAGAUUUUCGCUUCAUAAUCGUGACAGAGUGGCCUUCAACAAGACGACUGCUGCCCUGCCCUUCUUUCAGCCAGCCAUCCAAGAGACUCGGCCGCAGUCAAUAUGCCGGUUCCAUCCCGAGAGAAUCGUGGCGAAAGACCACCAUCGCCCCUCAAUGACCCAGCUCCUUCAACAGGCUCACAAAACCUUCCAAGCUCUAGCGAAGGACACCAUUCAGAGCAUCGGGCGGUUCCGUCACCGCCAAUCGCAUCGCUGCCAGAUUACAAGACGCCUCAAGGUUCUGUUCCCCAGAAAGAAUCCGAGACGAUGUCUUCUGCGCCGACAAUCUCUGAACCCGAAGGAAACCGGACUGCUUUUUACUUUGAGCAACUUGAAGCGGUACUUCGCAAGCUGCAAACGGAAAGCGCACGAGUGACGUAUGAGGCAAAAUCCAAAGAUCGACAGAUUGAGCAAAAGCUUCAGGAUAGAAUCGACGGGAUCGAAACCAAAGCCACCAAUAUAUCUGAUGAGAUCAAGCAGCUUCGAAACACCGUCGCAGAGGAAAAUGCAACAAGGGCUGAGAUCAAAGAGCUGAAAAAGAGACAGGAGAGCCGCAUUUUAUUCAACAAAAACCUCAAGUUCGAGACCAGCGUGCUCGAAAAGGAGCUCAAGCAUUUGAGGGAGCAGUACUGGAAAACAAAAGAAGACACAACAUCAGCCUACUUUGCAAAAGAGGAGAUCCAAAAGGAGCUGAAGCGGCUGCAGGACGAGAAGCAGCAAUUAGACCGGCAAAUAGCCGAGGCAAGACUUGAUGAAGAUGGAUGGGAGACGGAUGAUUCAUCACAAGAUUCCGUUGCUUUCAGCAAUGACAGGAGAGUAAACCCAAUUUCCCUUGUCGACGAACCCCUCUCCGAUGGCACGGGCAGGACAAAGACCAUACGUAUAACGGUUCCUGCCGUAGACGAUCUGAGAGAUAGCCUGGCCGAGUUCUCGCGGCUUCGGAGGCUCGGAAAGUUUCGGCUGGCCUUUGAGCUGUUUGAGCAGCAGCUUGCUCAUCACCUGGACAACAGGUACAUCCAAGACCAGUAUGGCUGGUAUCUGUUGGAGACUGGACAGCUAGAGAAGCUUGGUCGUUUGGUCGAGGUCAGACCCGCAUACCGCAUUUUUGAUGCUCUCGAGACCAGCUGGAAGUUUCUCCGCGAGGAAGCGGAUCUCGUUCGUUGGUCAGCGUCAGACAAGGAAGAAAUAAUGACGGAUGCAAUGGAACUGCUGAUGGAACCGUGGCCAGUCCUAGACUCUGCAGAAAUGACGCUUCUUACCAAGAUAGUAACCUGCACCAGGCUGGCCAAGCAUACUUUCCCACCCUCAGCUUGGGCCAGUCUUGUCGAGAGCUUGGUCGAUGCCGGCAUGAUUUGGGAGUUUCGAGACCUCGUCGAGGCGGUGGUGUCCAGCACUCAGCACUCCACCGAGGCAUUUCUGUGGAGGGUAUUCAGGAGCGAGCAAGACCCGCUCAAGGAUCCAGUAGAGAGGUUCUGCGCCGCCUGGGUGAGAAACGUCAAGGUCCUCGAGCAAGUUGACGAGUCCACCCUCUUUGCUAUGCUGGAGACUCUGUCAAUACUCAGCAUGGGUGACAUGUCUAGGGGCUACCGCUUCGGGAAACGCCAGCGAUGCUUGCAGUAUGCGCAGCUGUUUGCAUCGGAGCUUGUCGGGCGAGACGCGGAAAACAUGAAGACGCGACCAUAUGCAGUGUGGCUCGUGGCGAAAGCCCUUGAGGGAAGAGCUGAGGCUUGGCUGAGGUCUCAUGACCUGGUCAACUUUCCAGACGCCCCUCUGGGGAGCAUGAUUUGCCACUAUGCAGUCUUCCCUAAGCGCAACGGGUCCAUAUACGCACCAGUCGACGACGAGACCCCAAGUUGGAAACCUGGAUGCUUGUCUGCAGAUGAUGUCAGGGUUCAAGAUACAUACCGACUUGUGCUCCGAGUCGCAGAGGAGAAUGGGGAUGCGCUGAUGCAGGGCGCCUGCCUGCAAGGCUUGGCCUACUUGACACCCGGAGGUCAUGAGGCACGAUUCCAACAGCUGUCAGAGUUUUAUUCCUCAACAGACAGCAUCUUCAAGAGGCAGCUGGUUAGUCUGUCCCGGUACAUGGAAGCACAUACACCAUCGGCCAGGCAUGGCCUUCGUCAAGACAUGCUUCGACACGGGCCACCCUCGCAUGCACCGUAUGAGGAGGCACACUGGAUGAUACUAAGGGCCCUGUCAUCAUCAGAACUCGAGAGGAAAUGCUAUUUGGACCUUGCCGAAUCUGCAAGGGCGUACGCUGAGCAGUCCGGAAGCCUUGCAUUGGAAACCCAGGACGUUUUCCGGAACCAGCUCCAGGACAAGACGAAUCAGUCAAGGUACUCAACAGCUGGAGCAGAUUCGAGCUCUUGUAAAAAGGCGAAAACCUCAAAGAAUGCGUCGCCGGACAAGUCGGCCAAGCAUUCUCGUCUCGGUCGGCUACGGCUAGCUCAACUGCCCCGGCGACCAAGAAACAAAUACGGCGGGGUUAGGGCCCGAAGUGGUAGGCGCCGAACAGGAGACUCGACAAACGAAAGAAACAAGAAGAAGGAGGGUUUACAGGACAGCAUUGUUGUGGAGACGGCGCAUCAGAAACUCAGUGGCUCGAGAGACGCGUCGACGGUUUUAUUGGUGGGGGAAAGUGAUGGUUCACUCGACUCUUCGUUCGUUUCGAAAGGCAGCGAAGGCUUUGGAUUUGUACGAGGAGUUUUCAAGUUGUCAUUGCACUCCAAUCGACAUGCGUGGGAGUAUCAAGAUUCCAGCGGCUCUGAUUCUGAGUCAUGGAGCGUCUUGUUGCGAUCAAGGUAUCGGGGUAACCUGUUCUUAGGGUAAAGUACAGUGGGUUGAAGCAACUGAGCGUCUGACUGGGUAACUGGGGUUCUCAAUGACUGGGGGUGAAGUUAUGAUCGUUCUCAAGUAAGUCUUGAGGUUAACUAGAGUUUGAUUGCUGCUAAGCAAUCCUAGAAUCGAAUCUAUCUACAUGGUAAUGAGCGUGCCUUAUAUAGACUAUGUUCCGAAUGUGAUCUCUCCUGAUCUGUCACAGAUCGCAGAGAUCACUUCCCUUGAUCUGUUGUGAUCCCUCAAUGAUCACUGAGAUCACUCUCUUGGCAAUCACGUGAGGUCACGUGAUUCCUUCUUAUGUAAUCCUCUUUCUGCCGGUCGGUGAUUUCUCUGGGCGGGUGUCGUCAGGAGGGGUGUGACCCCACCUGGCCUCCCUGGUACCGGCCCAACUGUCUGGUCGUAACA